UAGCCGCUCAGCCGCCGUUCGCUGAGCUGUCAUUGCUCGACAAAACUGUCAAAAAAAUCAGAACAUAACAAAGUGUGUUUGCCUUUGGGGCUGGAAAAUUGUUGUCGUAUGUUAGUAAAAGACACUAGCCAAAAUACCACCCACGAAAGGCGUUUAGUGACGACGACAAUAAAGAUUGCCUUUGUUUGGUCGACAGGAAAGAACGAGGAUACUCUUGAGAAAGUUACCAAUAAAGAUUGUGACGUGGUUUGGAAUCGUCAUUAGUUUGCUGAAACGAGUUCCGUCGCUACAUUCCAAAGAAAUAUUGCCUAACACCGAGUCGAGAAGAUGGUGAAGCUCUACGCGCUCUGUGUUUUCUAUAAGGCCCCUUCCGAAGCCCGGCUUCUGAAGUCAGCGUUCGAUCUGCAGAGUGUUUCCUUUUUCCAGCGUGGCUCAGUUCAAGAGUUUUGUACUUUCGCCAGCAAAACGCUCGUAGAGCGAACGCAAGCGGCCACCAGGCAGUCGGUGAAGCAGGAUGUUUACAUGUGUCACGUAUACGUGCGAGCCGACAAUCUCGGAGCGGUGCUCAUAGCUGACCACGAAUAUCCGCAGCGUGUCGCGCACACGUUGCUCACGAAGGUGCUGGAUGAGUUUUCGGCCAAGGUUGGCUCGGAUCAGUGGGCCGUCGCCCCGAACGAGUCGGCCAUCCCCUUCGGUACGCUGCCUGCAACGCUUGCCAAAUAUCAGGACCCACGCGAAGCGGACGCACUAACUAAGAUGCAGGAGGAUUUGGACGAAACAAAGAUCAUUUUGCGCAACACGAUCGAGGCGGUACUGGAUCGCGGUGAGAAGCUGGACGACUUGGUGGACAAAUCCGAAUCGCUUUCAAUACAGAGCAAAGCGUUCUACAAGACGGCGAAAAAGACCAAUUCUUGCUGUAGUUUUGCAUAAGAAAGUGCUCGCAACAGUUGCCCGCUCCAUGUAAAACCCACCUUCACCUCGGAUCGAUUAAUGGCAAUCGCGUGAAUGUUUCGCCAUGAAGCUGGGCACGUAUAUUGCGCAACGUCGCGGGUAUGCUCAGUACCACACGCGCCUAGAGGAUUUCACGACACCAAGCAGUAAACACAAAAUGUACGCUUGCGUUCCACCGUAUAUGGGGGCUCGUCGUCCGCCCUUAGUUGCUCCGAUCCAUCGGUUUCUGUGCGAACGACAGUUCAUCCAACAUGUGAGUGCAAAACUUUAAGUUGCUGCUAAUAAUGCUCUGCCCGUUCUAACAUAAUACUAAUAACAAUAAUAAUGGAAUAAGAUAUGUAAAAAAUACGUGGUAAUCCUACCGAUUAUGUGAGAAUCAAUAA